UUCUUCUGAUCAGUCAAAGAUUCAUACCUGGGCCCUGGUCACCUUGCAGUGCCACCUGUGGGCCAGGCAGGCAAACUCGGGAGGUGAAGUGCCGUGUGAUGCUUUCAUUCACCAAGACGGAGGUGGACCUUCCACAGGAGGAGUGUGGCAAGGACAGACCCCAGCUGGAGAGGCCCUGCAACCAAGGGCCAUGUACCCAAGUCCCGGGCAUCUCUUCAGACCUCCAGGACCAUGGGGCCCCUUACAUCCAGAUGAAGGAAUUGUACAACUGGGACUACAGGAGCUUCACUGCCUGCUCAGCCACAUGCGCUGCUGGGAAGCAGACAGCAGUUGUGAGAUGUGUUAACAGGAAGCAAGGUGAUGAGGUGGAGGACUCUCACUGUGAUUCAUCCAGCAGGCCGCCAGCAAUGAUUCGCAUCUGUAACCCUGAGCCUUGCCUCCCAAGAUGGGAGGUGACGGCAUGGACUGGCUGCUCUGCAUCUUGCGGCGUUGGAAUACAGACCAGGAGUGUGUUUUGCAUGCGUCUGUUGUCCAUUGACCAGCAGGAUAUUCUGACUGUUUCAGAGGAAGAAUGCAGGGAAUUCAAACCUGCCAUCUUGCAACCCUGCAACCAGGUUGACUGUCCUCCAGCCUGGGAGACCGAGCCUUGGCAGCUUUGCUCCCAGUCCUGUGGUGGGGGUUUUCAGGCUCGGAAGGUCUACUGUAAGCAGCUGCUAUCCACAGGGGCCUAUAGGAGGCUGGGAGACAGGGCCUGCUGGUCAGCCAAACCUGCCACUAACAGAGGCUGCAGCAACACUGACUGUCUGCCCUAUAUGGCAGGAGGUGAAUGGACAAAGUGCUCAGUGUCCUGUGGUUUGGGAAUCCAGCGUAGAGAGCCACUGUGUCUCCAGUUGACGGCCAUAGGCCACCAGGUGACACUGGCAAGGGAACUUUGCUCAGGGUUACCCUCCCCACCACUUGUACGAACCUGCCGCAUGAUGGCCUGUCCCAAACACAACAAAGAGAUGAGACCCAAAGACACCCAGAAGGUUCCAGUGAAGAACCCAGUGAAGCACACAGUGAGACGUCCAGCAAAGGACAGGGGCUAUGAGGAGGGGGUUAAACAGUGUCCACUUCUAAUGGGUAUGCACAACAUCUACAUCCAGACCCGCAAGGAGAGACGACUCCACUUGACCAUCGGCAGCCACGCCUACCUCCUACCCAACACCUCCCUGGUAAUCAAAUGCCCCGUCAGACGUUUCCCCAAAGCCUACAUCCACUGGCUCAAAGACGGACGCCCCAUACCCAGCUCUAAACGCCUGGGCAUUACCAAAUCUGGUUCUCUGAAGAUCCACUUUGUGGCAGCAGAGGACAUUGGGGUGUACAAGUGUGUCGCUGGACCCGCCUCAGAUAUCUUCACCCUCCAGCUGAUAGGUAGAUACCGCAGGUCAGCUGGCAGACUGUCUACUACGAGUCCUGCUCCAAACUGGGAGAUGUUGCUCAGUUGCCACAGUCACUACUCAGGCCUGAAGCUGAUCUGGCCUGAAGUCAGUGUGUCUCUGUUGCCCCCUGGUGUCCAGGAGGCCUUGCUGCCGCCACGGUUGCAGGAGAGGCUGAUUAAUAUCACCCUGCAGGCUGACAGAGGAGAGAUCCAGCAGGAGCAAGCCUCGGAACUCAUCUCCUCACUGCUGACCCACAUGUUUGCCACCCAGCUAUGGACCAGAGAGGGAGAAGUGCAAGCUAAAGACAGACUACCCAACUGGUCAGAGCGCUCCCCAUUGGACACAGUUAUGAACAGACCAGUGAUCAUCAGACAGCAGGAGACCCCUCCACUGGCUUUUCAGAAGAACAUCAGUGUCAGCAUUGGACACAGCGCCCUCCUCACCAAUGCCACCCGAUCACUGACCAUAGUCUGUCUUGCAGAGGGCUCACCGCCUCCCAAAAUCAGCUGGACCAAAGAUGGAGUUCUACUGCAGCACACUGACAGGGUAUUGUGGGAUAGCUCCAAAGGACUUCAUAUCCUUCAACCCAGAGCAUCUGACGGAGGCCAGUACAAGUGCACAGCUGCCAACAUGCAUGGCUCAGACUCAGAGACAUCUCAGCUACUAGUGGCAGAGCCCCCGGCCAUCGCAGUGUCAUGGAGGAAUGUUUCACACCAUGGGGUGGUGUUGGGCCACGGCUUCAGGGCCGUGGUGGGGGGACGAGUCAGUGUUCGCCCGGGCACCAACCUCACGCUGGACUGCCCCGUCACUGGUGUUCCUCAGCCCACAGUAAAGUGGCACUGGAAGAAUGGACCACUACAUUUCGGUGCUGUCUCCCUUCCCUCUGGCUCACUGUGGAUCAGAAAUGUUUUUUUGCACUACCAAGGCACCUACUCCUGCACCGCCACUAACACCAUAGGAAAGUCCACUGCCUCUACUGUCCUGCAGGUCUACACCCCAUAUCCAGGUGGAGGAAGCAGGGUUGCUCCAGUCUUACAAGAGCUGAACAGGAGAAGGGUCCUCAUGGCAUCAAGCAGUGGAACGAAUUUUUUUAUCAAACCUGGAGACAUUCUACGUAUAGGUUGUCCAGUAGUUCCUGACCACAAACUGCCAGUGCGCUGGGGCUACAACAACCAGACCCUGAAGGAAGUUUCAUAUCCAGCCCAGAACCAGGGUGCGGGUUUGGGUCUGCAGUACAGGAUGCUGGUGGGGGGUCGUGUCCUUGAGGUCAACACGCUCCAGGAGAAGUUCUCAGGCCGGUACCAUUGCCAAACCCUCAUCAACAGUACCAGUCAAAUUCUGUAUGCCUGGAUAGACAUUCACGCUGAAGAGUUUGGCUGGCAUUUUGGAGACUGGACCACAUGCAGUGCUUCUUGUGGGAACAGAGGGACUUGGCUGCGGAGGAUUCACUGUGUCACACUGGAUGGAAAGGAAGUUCAACCCACUAUGUGUCAGCACAUACAAAAACCCAUCACCUCCCCAGUUCCCUGCAACAGACAGGACUGCUCUCCCAGAUGGCUGGUAUCAGAGUGGUCGAAAUGCUCAGCCUCGUGUGGUAGCGGCUGGAAACAAAGGCAGGUUUCCUGUCAACAGCUGGAUGCCAGAGGUGCAGUGAGGACCCUGUCAACAGCAGCCUGUGAGAGGAUGAGCCGGCCUACAGACACAGAGCAGUGCAUCACCAAUAACUGUCCUACCUGGGUAACCAGUCCAUGGGGAAAGUGUUCAGGAAGGUGUUUAGGCCCCACCACUGUUCAGAAGAGAUCUGUCAUCUGCCAACAUUCCAAUGGCUCCUUGUACACAGACUGUGAUCUCAGGGACAGGCCUGUUUCAGUACGUAACUGUUCCUCGGACCUAUGUGAUGUCCAGUGGCGUCCUGGUGCGUGGCGGGCAUGCACCGUAGUUUGUGGGAGUGGCUUUCAGUCACGCAGGGUGGACUGUGUUCACCGCAGAAGUGGCAGGACAUUGGCUGACCAGCACUGUGCCUGGCUCCAACGGCCCUCCACCUGGCAGCACUGCAACACCACCACCUGUCGAAGUGAAUGCAGGGACACCACCCAGUACUGCAGUGUGGUGAAGAGACUAAAGCUGUGCUACCUGGACAUGUACAAAAAGAGAUGCUGUGGGUCAUGUUCACAGGACACUGACUCCACCUAGUGACAGUGAGCAGUUAUAACCACGCUACAUUUUGUUAAACAGAUGGACUACAUGAGAUGAACAACUGAGCAAAGACUUGAAGGACAUCGUCUGAAAGCGGAUGACUCAAAAACUGCACAUAUGUAAACUGGACAAGCUUUAGUCCAGUUUUUUCACUUACUAAAAGGAAAUUGAAUGGCACCUCAAAAGGCUGAAAGGUGAGGGGGAGAUUUUCUGAUCUGGACUCAACCUCCUAAUAUGAAGACAAGUGUUCACUAUGUGUAUCAAAUUUUGGACU